AUGGAAAAAAGAAUUAUUAGAAUAGGUAUUCUCCUUGCCGGCACUCUUCCUCCACAAAUUGUUAAACAAUAUGGAAAUUAUGAAGCCCAAUUUAAUAGACUUUUGAAAAAAGCCAUAGAAAUUGGAAAUAAAAAUAUAAUUUUGGAGGUCAAAGGUUAUGAAAUUCAAAAGUUAGAGUUUCCAAAUAGCGAAGAACUGUUGGAAUUGGAUGGUUUGAUUAUUUCUGGUUCUGUCUUUUCAGCAUAUGAAGAUAUUCCCUGGAUAAAUCGACUAGUCAAUUUCACGAAAUUCAUCAUUGAGGAACAUAUUAAAGUUAAACUAAUUGGAGUUUGCUUCGGACACCAGAUUGUCGCCAGAGCUAUGGGAGGACAAGUCGUUAAAAAUCCUAUGGGUUGGGAGGUUGCGGUAACUGAAGUUUUAGUAACUAAAGCUGGGAAAAAAUUCUUCAAUACAAACAAGGAAUUUUUGCGCGUUCAAGAAAUGCAUCAAGAUCAUGUUUCUCUCAUUCCUCCAAACUUCAUUAAUCUAGGGUAUACAGAAAAAUCACCUGUUCAAGGAAUGCUAAAGGAAAAUCACGUUUUCACCAUUCAAGGUCACCCCGAAUUUGUUAAUGAGAUGGUUAGAGAAAUGAUACAAUUUCGAUACGAAAUUGGAAUAUUUGAUUCAGAUUCUGCUCAAAUGUAUUUAAAAAAUGCAGACCUUGAUGACGAUAAUAUAUUGAUCGGUCAAAAAUUCAUAGAAUUUCUUACUAGUAAAUAA